AGCAGCCCAGCGGCCCGCUCGGAACACGGACACACACACACGGAUCCUCACGGACACCUGAAGACGACGACCUGCCGAGACAAGAUGUACCACUCUGACCACGGCGUAGACUUCCCUGACCUCUCCUUCCAAAUCCCUGGCAGCCCUGCAGCGCUGCACCAAGCAAACAGAGUGUGAACACAAACAGCUCCACACUUCAGCCUUCCCCCCCUUUCACCCACACAGGGCCUCCCUCCUGCAGCGCCAGUCCCGACCUCCCUCCUCUUGGACCAUGGACAGCCCUCCUAAGCUGUCUGGUGAGACCCUGAUUGUGCACCACAUUCCCCUGGUGCACUGCCAGGUGUCGGGCGGUCGGCAGGGAGGCUGCGGGAGCUCGCUGAAGAGGAGCAACCCGUUCAGCCCGCCAGAGAACCUGGGCUUGAGUCGCACUACCUCCCUCCCCGAGAGAGACGUCCUCCAGAGGGAGGCUCUGCUCUACAGCAGUCUGAUCCAGACCUCCAGCGGCUCCUGGGCCUCCCACAACGGAGGGAGGGAAAGGAAGGGUGGCGGGAGGGGAGGCAGCACAGCCAGCGACGACUCUUCGUUCACCUCGAGCAACUCGGAGGACCAGCUGAUCACGGCUCACACGCUGCCCAGAGCCAAACCCAGGAACCGGAAUCCGCUGCGUCAUAAUCCGUUCCUGCUGAACACUGAAGACGACGAGGAAGAAGACGAGGAGGAGGAGGAUGAAGGCGACAACCUCAGCGGUUACCUGGAGGACUCGUCUUUCCACCUCCACAGUGACGUCAACUCUGAUGGCAUGGCGCCCUUCCGCCUGCACGACCUCGGAUUCGCCUCCGAGCCGUUCCUUUUGCACAGUUCGGUUGGACGAAGCAGCCGGGAGUCUCUGAGAGGCAUAGCUUCAGAUCUCUCCGCCCACCUGGAGGACCUGGACAUCUUAGGACUGGACAGCCAGCGGCGCCACGGGAGCAGCGGCUCCAACAUGUCCAUGGACUGCGGGGAGCAGGACUGGGGCGACGACGACGAAGAAGACGAAGACCAUCCCAUGAGGUGCGGUCGAAGCAGCAAGACAGGCUCGUACUCCUCCAGCUCCUCCACCCAGCACUGCUCCUGCUGCGCUCUGUCCCAGAACUACCCUCAGCACUUCCCUGAAGCCUUCUCCGAGCCGUUCUCCGAGUGCCAGCAGGGCUACGGCAGCGACUCUUCCUGCAACAGCUCCGACGGCGUCCUCGUCAAUUUCAGCGCCAUUUACAACAAAAUGAACAACAGCGUCCCGGAGAAGCCGCCGGCCUCUGGACCCACCAACCUCAACAGCUCCACCGACCACUCCUGCACCUCGUCGGUGUCGGAUCUACCGGGACACCAGCGGGACUCAACCGGAGGAGCGUUCUACUUGGACCUGCACACCUCCCCAACCGAGCCUCCGCUGUCCCACCACCACCAGGCCUCCUUCCCUCUGAUCCGGGAGCCUCACCUGUCCACCUCCUCCACCUGCUCCUGCUCCGUGGAGCACCAGGGCCUCCUGGACCUUGACGCCAACUGCAACUCCUUCCACCCUCCUCCCCGUGCCGGGUCCUCGGGCGACCUGGCCGCCUGCCUGCAGAGUCAGGCCCGGCUGGUCGUCGCCACUCAGAACUACUACAAACUGGUGACCUGCGACCUGUCGUCCCAGUCGUCCCCGAGUCCCGCCGGCUCCUCGGUCAACAGCUGCUCCGACGAACACAGCAAAGGAAGCCCGACGCCGACCCAGCCCAGUGAGUACUUCCUGUUCAGGCAGCGGGCUGACGAGCAAGGCGUGGAGGAGGAGGACGAAGACGGAGAGUCGUCAAGGCGAGAAGACGACGAUGACGAUAAUGAAGAGGAGGAGGAAGAGGAGACUGAGCAGGCGGCCGGUGGUGCUGAAGCUGCUCCCGCCACCAUCGAGGGUCAGGUCUACGUCAACGUCUCCCCUCCGGUGGCGGGUCGGGGGGUCAUCGGCGCCGCCCCGGGGAGCCGCCCUCGCUCUCGCAGCUACGACCGCAACCUGGACAAGUCCCCGUCGCCUCGGCUCGGCUCUCUGGAGCGCAUGUUGAGCUGCCCGGUCCGGCUCAGCGAGGGCGCCGCUCCGGCACCGCCGCCGCCCCCCAGGGUCACCUCCUUCGCAGAGAUCGCCAGGAGCAAACGCAGAAACGGCGGCAGCGGGGGGUCGCCGUCCACCAAAGCGGCCGCGGACCCCUUUUCCUCCACCUACUCCACCCACUCGCACUCCUCGGUGGAUUUCUCUCCGAUCCUGGAGCAGCGGGUCGAGGCGGACAGUCAGGUGCUGUCGCCUGCACCCUUCACCAGGUGUUACAGUCAGGGAAGCAUCGAGCGACACCUGGAGGGGGCGAGAGAGACCCGGGCCAAGGCUGAAGGUGGUCUGUCGACUUCCUCCGACAGCCGCCCAGCGGUGGUCCGCUACAGUAAGGACCAGCGGCCCACCACGCUCCCCAUCCAGCCCUUCACCUUCCACCACCAGUUCUCCUCCAAGCCCCCCCAGCCCAAGCCCCUGCUGCCCCUGCUCACUGGCUACGUCUCUGGGAUGCAGGGUCGUUCCAGUUCAGGCUCCGGCUCUGGCUCUGGCUCCGGAGGUCCGGUCGGGGAGGACGGUGAGGAUGCGGCUGAAAACAGAUUCCAGGGUUCUCUGGGCACGGCGGCUCCUCCUCCCGGGUCGGUCCGGCCCUCUCCUCUAGGGAGCUACUCCCCGGUCCGGCUCCAGGGGGCACCCAGCUCCGGGUCCUGCUCCACCUGCAGCCCCAGCCCUCAGCCCACACACAGUCUCUCCUGCCCCCUGUCCGCCGGCCUCGGCCCCCUGCACACCCCACCUGCCGUGAAACAGGGAGGCGGGUCGGUGCCGCUGCCCCUGACUCCUCCACCUUCAUCCCUGGGGGCGAAGCGAGGGGCGGUGCCACCGAUGCUGCCGGCCGUCCAGGGACACUGUUUCCACCGAGGAGCUCUGUCCAGCUUACCGGCACUUCACAGCGACACACUGAGCCCACUGGGCUGCCUGGACUCUGGAAAACAUGCAGAGGGAAGCAAAGGCCCUGGAGCCAGAACACAUAAUGCGCACCACCUCUCUCCCCAGGCUCUCAAAUGGAGGGAGUACCGCCGUCGGAACCCUCUGGGGGUGGAGAGGGUAUCGGGGGGCCACUCCUCGGCGGGAUCGGGCCCCCUGUCUGGCGGCGCUGAGGCCAGAAGGGGCGGGGGACCGAGGCCCGCCCGACGCAAUGUGUUCGAUUUCCCUUCAACCCACUCGGGCCACUCGCUGGGACGCCUCAAUGCCGGCCAGUCGGCGAAGCUGCAGCAGAGCUACAGCGACUUCCUGCCUGACUACUUCUCCCUGACGGAGAAGCCUCCCGAGGAGUUCUGCCUCUCCCCCGAUGCCUCCACGUCCUCCUCUUCCUGCUCCUCCUCGCAGUCGCAGAUCUCCGUCGACCUGACGCAGAAGAGAGGUUUGGUGAAAGCCGUGAACACAGCGGUGGAUCUGAUCGUGGCACAUUUUGGUACCAGUAGAGACCCGGAUGUAAAGGCCAAACUGGGGAACAGCUGGGUGAGUCCCAACGUGGGUCACCUCAUCCUGAAGUAUCUGUGCCCGGCGCUGCGCGAGGUUCUGCAGGACGGCCUGAAGGCCUACGUGCUGGACCUGAUCAUCGGACAGCGGCGCUGUCAGCCCUGGAGCCUGGUGGAGGCGUCCACACAGCUGGGUCCGUCCACUCGUGUUCUCCACAGCUUGUUCUCUAAGGUGAGCCAGUACUCGGAGCUCACGAGUCACAGCAUGAGACUGAACGCCUUCAUCUUCGGCCUGCUCAACCUAAAAUCUUUGGAGUUCUGGUUCAAUCACCUCUACACACAUGAAGAUAUCAUAGCAGCACACUACAGCCCGUGGGGUUUCCUUCCCCUGUCGCAGGGGGCCUGCCAGCCCCUCUUUGAGGAGCUCCUCCUGCUGCUGCAGCCGCUGUCGCUGCUUCCCUUUGACCUGGACCUGUUGUUCGAGCCUCACCUCCUCCAGAAGGGCCAGGAGCAGCUGCGUCGCAAGGAGCAGCUCUGCUCCGCCGGCCAGAGCGCCGACCAGUCGAGCCGCUCCACCUUCCAGCUCAUGCGGGGCUGGAGCACCACCGUCAGCGAGAUGGUCCGAGACUCGGGCGCCGAGGCCAAGAAGGAGAGGACGGGGCUGAGACGAGAGGGGACGUGGCCGAGGAUGGAGGUGGCCGGAUCGAGACGGGACGGAGUGGGAGCGAAAUCCAGGCUGAGGAAGGAAGGAGCGACGACCGAGAGCAUGACGGACGAGCCUGCUGGCAGAGCGACGAGGAUGGAAGUAGGGUUUGCUGAUCUGUGGAGGGAGAGAGGGCUGGAAGGCCAGAGGAUGAAAGGUGUCGGGCAAGAGAGCAGCGCCGAGAGUGAGGAUGCACAGGACAGGAGGAAGGAAAAAGCUCCUGCAGACGAGGGGCGGCAGCGGCAGGACAGACAAGCCGGCUGGUGGUACCAACUCAUGCAGUCCUCCCAGGUCUACAUCGACCAAUCCACAGAGGGCUCCAAGUUUGUCAAGGCCGAGAAGAGGAAGAAGUCAUCAGAGAGGCGACAGGGACAGCUGCCGCCCGCCAGAGAGGGCGUGGUGGAGGGAGCGGAGUCCAGCCAGGAAGGCGAGAUCAGGAAAAGCAGCAGCAGCGAGUCGACCGGGUCCAGAGGUCGGCCUUCGUGGAUGGGAAGCCCCCCAGAGUCGGUCCUCAGCCAGGAGAAGGACGCAGAUCCUCUGGAGGUGGCAGGGGCCGGAGCUCAAGCUGCAGCCCAGGAGGAGAGCCCCUCGCACGGGCAGAGUCUGCGCUGGGGCAGGCUCUUUGGUUCCAGUCUCGGUUCUCCCUUGAGAGCGGAAGCAGCAGAACAGAAGGCAAAAACUCAAAAGACAAGGCCUCCGUCAGGUUGGCUCGGCUUGGACAGAUCUGUUCUUGACCUCGUAGCUCAGACUCUUGGAGGAGGAAGUGGCAAGAAGGCGGAGAAUCCUGCUACACCCACUCACCCCCAAACCACAGCCGCAGCAGCAUCCAACCAGCCGAGUGAAGCCAAACAACGGUCUACGUGUGAGGUCCGAGCGUUGUGCCACCACAUAGCCACCGAGCCCGGCCAGCUGAGCUUCAACAAGGGCGACAUCCUGCGAGUUCUGAGCAAGGCCGACCCCGACUGGCUGCUGUGUUCUCUGGGCUCCGUCCAGGGUUUGGUCCCCAUCAUCUACGUCACCCUCAGCGGCAUGGACGACAGCCAGGACGCCGCCGGACUCGAGCAGUGCUGAGAAGGGGAAACGAUCCACAAGAUGAAGCUCUGGGUAUCCCUGCCACUGAUUUACUUGAUAUCCUGUUUUGGGCUGUACACGGGGGACUGAUUCCUGACGAACACUGUAGAAAAAAAAUGAAGAUGAUGUACAGACACGUGCGAGGGAAGCAUGCAGGCUCAACCACAAACUCACAUCUGCUUCAAAAAAAACCAGACAAGUAUGCAUGCAUACAUCCAGAAACCAAAAGACCAGAAAACAAACCCAAAGACUCCAACACACGUUCUUUCUCUGCGUGACGCUGUCCGACCCGCUUAACUCUGUGACCGUCCAGUCUAUAGAUCACCCAUCUCUACUGUCAACAACAAGAGGAGACGGUAAUCUUCACUCUAUGAUAUACUGCGUACCAUGACUGGCUGCACUUUGCUGUACUGUCUGUACAUUCACCUCGCUGUGCCACACUCUGAACACAGUGCUCAGUUUUUGCUCUCAGCCUGGUCCGACGUCCUGUUGCUUAAUUAGUGCUGAUUUCAUUCGCGUAGAGGCCAGUGAAUCUCUGAUUUUUUUUAUUUAAUAUUUUUUAGGAUUUAAGGUGGUUGAUAUAAAAGCAAAAAAAUAAACAAUGAACUUUCUGAUCCAUGUCAACUGUAGUCGCGGAGAAUUUGAGAGUAGAAAGAGUUUGUUUUAAAGGCUUUUUAACCAUUUAAAGUAAAAACGAAACAAAAAAAAUCUGUUUCCUUUCCUCCAUAUGUCUUUUUUGAUCACUGUUCUUCAAACCUGGUUUCUUCCAAGACGAUUGGAUGGAUGUACUGACUGCAGACUGUGUAGUAAAGAUGGAAGUCGCCACUGUGACGUCACUCAUUGGUUUUUGGUCAUCACUGUCUUGUUUUGUUUUUUUAAUCCAAUAUGACUACGUGGGCCCACAUGUUGGCCACAGCAUCCUUUAUUUCUACGAUUCCCAUUCAUUGUCUUUGUAGACAGUCGCGUGAUGCGUUCUUGUAGCAGCGUGCUGAGUUUCGAGAGACGAGGCAUCACAUUGGCCCCUCCUCGUUUGCAUGAAGUUGAGGUCAAGACUCUUUUUGCAAAUCAGAGGUGUCUGCCGUGACCCUCUGCUUCUGGAAACUCUCGAAAAACUGUUAAACUGAUUGCAGUCGAUUGAAAAUGAACAUAAAUUUAGUAGCCUGUUUCUCACCUCAAACGUUUUCAGAAACACAUUUUGGGGUAGUCCUUUAACAGUAUUAAGGCUUCCAAACCAGCCACCGUGUUGGUCCAGUUUACAAUCAAGUGAGUGUAGAGUUUGUCCAAUCAGGUGCAACCAGCAAUUGUGCCAUUGUCGGAGGUUGUAAACUGUAUUGGUUCCCAGUUGGUGACCAUCUGUCAAUGAUCUAUUGUAACAUUGCCUAGUUCAAUGUCCAACAACCCCUGUGGACACCUAACAUCAGUCACAAGGAAGAACAAAUCUAAAACAUACCCCGCUUUAUCGUCUAUUCUGCUCUAAAUGAGACCAUAAUUUGUUAAAUUUCCGCCAUGUUGUCUUGAAGUAGACUUGAAGCAAGCAAUCGAGACCAUAGACUUUUCAGGAAAGUGUUUACUGAUUUAUCAAAUUAAGGGAGAAGUGCCGUAAAUUUCUCAUAGAAUGGAGUACAAUUGAGUCGCCCCCUGCUGGCUAUGAGAAAGAAAGCAGGCACUUCUGUGUUGGCUUUGCUUUUCAUAAGCAUUGUCCAUCUUUUAUAAACAGCUAGCCUUUUCAUCCUGGGAUGAAACUAUGGCUGACAGAAACGACAGAGUGCCAAUAACUGCAGUUCCUUAAAUGGCCACUAGAGGCUGGAGUCAACCUCCAUAGACUUCCAUGUUAAAAUGUCCAACUUUACAGCAGAAACCAUAAAACAAAAAAUUAUUUUGAUCUUUAUAGGUGGAGCAUUUUAAAUAACUCACCUGUUUAAACUGAAUCAGGUCUCAAAGUAAUGCAAAUUUACGGUUAAUGUUUGCAUAGCGCCACCUCUUUGCUCAUUCUUGCAUUUGCUUGGAUUUAAGAGGACACUGCCGAGCUGACGUCACAGAGGGUUCAUCCAUCUUAAUCUACAGUCUACGAGUUGUUUCAUUGCAUGUAACUUCACAAAAAUGUUGUCUUUUUCCCGUUUCACCUCAAACUCGAGAGGGUGGCUUGUGAUGACGAACGCAAUCGAGCGAGUGGCCGUUGGUACGUUCUGUAGACGCAUAAAUGACUUACACGUAUGAUAAGUUCUAUUUAUUUAUUGACUGGUUUAUUUAACUGACCGAAGCAUCUAAAUGGACAGAAAACGGGAAUGUCUAAUGGAAGCAAAGGUCUGUGGGGACAUUUUUCAAAAUGAUUGCUAAUUAGUUUCACGUUUUUGCAUUUAGAAAGGGGUUUAAAAAAAAAGAAAAAAAAAGCUCUUCUAUGCCUUAAAGUGCUUGAAGGAAAAAGAGGCAGUCGCCCAGUUAGUGAGAUAAUAUUUGUCCCGACAUCACGGUAUAUUUUGUAUAUGCUACGACGUGACAUUUUCCCCAGAUUCAUGUCUGCACAGAUGCUUCAGAGGAAAGUAUUGUGAAGAAAUAGAAAUCUAUGGUGAUAUUUUUGUGAUGCUUAAAGGGAAACCACCAACACAUUUUUGUGCUGGCGGCUUUAUGGGCGCGCUACCUGUCGCGCCCAGGUGUAAAAAUGUGGCCUUAGGUUCAAAAAGAGUUGACGAAGAACAAAAAAAAAAACCCGGCUGUAUACAGUAAACCUGCAUAGAUGUUAACUGUAUACACAUGCCCAGUCUGAAUACUACACAUUAGAAGGUGGUAAAAUCUAUGUACAUUUAUUAAAUAAAUGAAUGCUUGUGUAUUUUUUUGAGAAUCUUACAUAGGAUAUAAUUUUACCAUUUAUUUUCUUUUUGUUGCAUUAUUGUACAGUUUUUAUUUUUAUGUAUGAUUUUUAACAUUUAACGUCAACUCUCAUCGAACUGUAAAUAUAUUUAAAUCAUGCAAUGGUUCAGUUCUGCCAUAGAGCUAUAUGUACGAAUGUCAUUAACGCAUUUUAUGUUAAAUACAGAAAGCAAGUAUAAGCUUUAGUUUCACCGCUAACAACCUGAUGACUAUAACACAGAGUUUCAGAGGCAGUUCGCUGUGUUCGUUGACAUCGAGCUCAGAGUUCACGGGAAGUAAAACACAUCGUAGUGAUUAAAAACCAGAGAGACACGGAGGCUCAGGGGGGUCAGAGGCAAAGACAGAUUCACUUUUAAUUAGAUUCGCUGAAAUGUUGUGCAUUUAAAGUAGAAGAGGCGUCAACGAGAGGAAGAAAGAAGGCCGCUUCGUUCCUUUUUUCCUUCUCUCAGGUCUGUUUUCUCUGUGCUUUCUCUCUGCCGGCUGCCUCCUGCCUGUAAAUACCUUCAGCAUCAGUGACACUGCUCUUCUCUCUGUGUCCAGGCUAUAUGAUGUGUACGUAUGACAUUAUCAAACUACUAUGGAUGUUAAAUAACAAAGUGCUCAUGUGAUCACAAA